CCAACCUGGCAACCCGGGGGGAGUCUGGUGGCAGAAAACCUCGCCAGCAGCGGAGUCUCGGUUCCAGAUCGACCGACGACAGGAGCUGCGCCGCGUCCCCGAGCUGCGGAUCACUUCUCCGGCCCAAGACAAGUCUAGAUCAUUCUGGUGAAGAAGCAAAAAGAGAACCACAGUUUUUCUUCUUCAUGGUGGAGGACUGAUCUGGACCUGCUGCCAGUUGUGACCCCCCCACUGGCGUCUCAACGGAGAAACUGUCGAAGAGAAAGUUACCACACGUGGAGUCUUCGUCUGAGCAACAGCUUAAACACGCAGUUAUCUUACAAUCUGGACGAAAGUUAAACCAAGCAUCUCUUUCACACACGUCUUUGCAACAACAUGGCAAAGAAAAACAGCCAGAAGGAUACUUCGGGGGUGGUGUUCGACACGCGCUCGAAGAUGGUCAUGUCCCAGGGAGGCACGGCGGAGAGAAUGAAGGAGAAGAUCAGCGCUGUCAGAGCAGUCGUCCCCAACAAAAGCAACAAUGAGAUCGUGCUGGUGUUGCAGCAUUUCGAGAACUGCGUGGACAAAGCUGUGCAGGCUUUCAUAGAAGGAAGCGCAGUGGAGAUCCUGAAAGAGUGGAAUGUCACCGGCAAGAAGAAGCCCAAGAAGAAGAAGAAGCCCAAGCCUCAGCCCGAGGCCUCGGCAGAGCCCGCUCCCCCGGAGGCGCUGUCGGCCGGGGAGGGAAAGGAUGAGAUGAACGGGUUUCACGCCAACGGCUCGGUGGUGGACGGAGAGUCACUCGAUUCUCUGAGUGAACAGUUGGACUCGGCCUCCCUCGACGCAGCAGAGCUUGACUCUGAACCCGCCACGUCUGAAACAACUGGUGCAGAGGCAGAAAGUCAAGAUAGAGCCGAGAGUCCCGUGUCUCCACAAGAAGGGCGAAACCAUCAGGCUCCCAGAGGCAACAAGGCCCGGCGCCGGCCCGGCCCAAAUUCACAUCCCCCCACUUCCUCAUUAGGAGCCAUCACUGAUGAACAAGGGUCACAAGCAGUCAAGAAGAUCGCUUCCACCAUCGACCGCUCUGUGAAGGACCUGCAGCGAUGCACCGCCUCACUGACUCGCUACAGGAUGGUGGUGAAGGACGAGAUGGACUCGUCCAUCAAGAGAAUGAAGCAGACGUUUGCCGAGCUCCAGAGCUGUUUAAUGGACAGAGAAGUGACGCUGCUCUCAGAAAUGGAUAAAGUGAAAGCAGAUGCCAUGGUGAUUCUGAACGCUCGGCAGAAGAAAGCCGAGCAGCUCCGACGGCUGACGGACAAGUCGGCGUCCAUGUCCGAGGAGCAGCUGACCGAGCUGCGCGCAGACAUCAAGCACUUUGUGAGUGAACGUAAAUACGACGAGGACCUCGGGAAAGCAGUGAGAUUUACGUUUGAUCUGGAGCCGCUGAAGACGAGCAUCACUGGGUUCGGAUCAGUUUAUCAUCCACGUACAGGAUACUCAGCCCGGUCCCGCUGUAGCUCCACGUCCUCUUCAGUCGCCAGCCCGAGUCUCCAGGAAACUCCGCCUCCUCCUCCCACCCAGAGCCCCCCCAGUGAACACCGCCCCCCACCAAACAAACAGAUUUUCCAGGGCAACAGGCGCACUUUCCAGGGCCAAGGGUUCCACUCGGGUGGCCAGCGGUAUAACGGCGGCUCUUACCAGGAGAGGAACGCUGCUCGCGCUAACCACCGCUACCAGAGCGAUGGAGCUCAUCCUGCACAGCGCGCCACCAACUCGAGGGCUCCGUCCAAUCCCUCCCAUCCUUCUCGUCCCUCAAAUCCCUCCAAUCCCUCCCGUCCCUCCAAUCCCUCCCGUCCCUCUAAUCCAUCCCAACCCUCCCAUUCCUCCAAUCCCCCCCGUCCUUCCAAUCCCUCCAAUCCCUCCCAGUCCUCCCAUAACCCAGACCCAUCGUCUCACAACGGGCUGCCACAGAGGCCUCCGCGGACGCACUGCCCUUGACAUUUGGAAAUCCUGGUCCCGAUCAAACACCCCCGCCCCCCCCAGCCCGAUUAACCCCUGCACUCUCCUCCCUGUAACGCCCCCCAUCCCCCCCCCCCCCAUCCCCGACACCCCGCACACACACACCCUACUAACUCCUCUCAAUGAAGAAUAGAACACAAGUUUACAUACUUCCAUCAGUCGAGCUGUAGUGCCACCGCUCCUCAUCAGUCCACUCAUCCCUCAAACUUGAAACGCUCUCUCGCUGUCGCUCUUUCUCUCUUUCUUUCUCUCUUCUUCUCUCAUCCUGGUUUAGGUAGCCGCUUCUAUCUUUAGCCCGUUUGAGAGAUCUCAUCGCGGCGCUAUCGACAGACUCUUGUUCUUCAUCUUCUUGCUUCCGAGCCGCCUGCCAGAGAGCGACAGGAUCAUCUGCAGCGAUUUGUGCUCCAUUGAAGUCGAGCUCGUAGAACUAUUUCUGUGGCGGCAUUACACCUCCACAAUUUGUUUUUUUCCUCGUCUCCCAGAAACAUUUCAAAGGCUUCACUGUGGAACUCGUCGUAGAAGUGCAAAAGUAGUUCUAGCGUGAACAGGGGUCCGGGGAGUAGACCUGCGAUCAACACUACAGACUAUUGUUAAUCUCUUUAAGGUAAAAGACAAAAUACCAGAGAACAUAUCAAACUGUAAUCCAGAGCUUUUCUUACGGCUGCUAUCAACCUGAGGGAGUUUGUUAACGCUGUGAACUCUCAAAGGAAAAGUUCCUGACAACUUGACUUGAAAUGAGCUCAUUUGCUUUGUGGCCGAGCGUCAGCGUACAAACACGAGAGGCAUCGAUGUUCUUUGAGUGUGAAGCUGCAGCUAAUCAGCUCAUCUUAGUGUAAAGAACAGAAAGCUCAUGUUAGCUCGUUACCUUUUGUAGAACUAUGUCAGAGCAAAUGUUUAAAAAGCUAAAAACAAAGGAAUCUGUCCUCACGCUGUUUCAUACUCCUCCACGUGUCCCAGGUGGCUUUUCAUCCAGUUUGUUCUUAGUUCAUAUGUUUUGUUAAAUGCACACUAAUGGCAUUUUUCUGAUGCGCUUUGCCUUUGGUCACAGAGCCACCUGACGUUUUCUUUUUACCAAUGUCUGCUCCACGACGGCUCUUUCAACAUCCUAAAGGAGAGCAACCUGCCAGAGCGUCUCUGCCUCUUUUUCUAUCCUCACUUGAUCUCUCGUCCAAUCAGAAGGUUGUUAUCGACUUCGCAGAUCUCUUUUUUUCUUUUUCUAUUGCUUCCGAUUUGUCGCCCUAAGGCUGUGGACAGGGUUCAUCUCUUCGUUGCUGGUGAAUACCUCAGUGGUGAUGACCUGUUAUCAGAGGUGUCCACGCAGCGGGACUCUGACUGAGAGACGGGAACCACCGGUGUCUCGAGGGAAACUCCCCCUCACGUUAAAGCUGCAUUUCCUUCAUGCGUCGUCUUCCCUCAACGCAUGAAGACGAGAGGGACGUUUUGAAGGAAACAUUUAUUUUAUUUUGUUGAAAGGAAUUAAUUUAGUUUUCUCUCCCGAUUUGUGUUUCUUAAUCAGGUUUUCUGAUCAUAGGGUUUUUUUUGUUUUUUAAAAAGAAAGAUUAUGUUCAUGAGUAUUUUUUGGAGAAAUUAGUUCUCAGUUGUUUUUCGCGGCUUUCGGUAAAUUUGUGCUGUAACAGUUUGACUUGAAGGAAUUUAAAAGGAAUUGGGAAAUACGCUUUUUUUACUUUGUUAUCUAGAGACGAUAAAAAGAAAAACUCCUGGACAAGGAGUGAAGUUUAUACUUUGUUUUCUGAAGGGAAACGUUCAUGGAUGAAGAAUAAACUUCUGGAUCAUCCAGGAUCAUCUCGUCCAAACUGGGUUGAGAGGCAGAAGGAAACUGGAGUUUAAGUGGGAAACGACAAUCAGUUUAAUGGUCUAUUUUCAAAUUGCUUUAGACCUCAGGCCAGAUGAAUGUGUUCCUCUACGGAGACUUGAAACCAAUUUAUUAUCAACACAUUAGUCGACAUGUGAAAAACUAAACAAAUAUUCACAUUUCAGAAGCUGGAACAAGUCAACUAAAAGAGGAAUCAAUCAUCAGAAUAGAUGCUGAUAAAUAGUUUCUGUCUACAAAUGAAUCAGUUAAUCAUUUCAGCUUCAGUUCAGUUUCUACCUGGAGGUCAACAAGCGAUUUGCCGCCGGCUCCGGUUGAUCCAGCGCUGGGUUAGAAGGUGAAAAAGUGUAUUUCCUGAGAAGUUGAACUCCUUUUAAAUUUCUUUCUGAGACUUUAAUUGACUGAAGUUGUUGGACAUUCUACAACGAAGCUGGACCAGUUCCUCUGCAGACCGACAGUUCAGCUUCUACUCCAGAGAAUCUGCUGGACGCGUUCAGAGACGUUUAGUUUCCUCGUCUGGGGUUUUUGUCCGUCUCGCUUUAACCACUUUUCGUUGUCUCACAUUCCAGAACAGUAGGAAAAUUAGUUUAUCGCCAAAGAAAUAAUCACAUCCCGUUUUUUAAGAAAAUAAGAGAAAGAAAAAAGUUGCUGCCUUUUUGUUUUGCUUGUAAACAUUUCCAAAGGGGUAAAGCUCCAACACUUCUUUCUGUUUCCUCCUGCUUUACUUUCUGAUUCCUUACUGUAUAUACAUAUAUGUAGCUAUAUAAUUUUGUGCUCCCAUAGGGCAUUCUGUAUGUGAUAUUCAUAUUAGGCAUAAUGGAGGUUCAAACAUCUAGUCCAUUCAUUCUUCCAGUAGAGCCUGUGUCCUCCAGACGAUUUCUCUGAGACAACUAUAAACUCAAGUGCCUUUUUCUCGUCUCCCACCGAUCCAUCGAUGUCCCCUCCACCAGAGUAUGGACCAAAGACAUCAGCCGUCCCCUACACCCCCCCUCUCUCUCUCCUUCUCACUGAAUGGCACACUUUUCAUUUACUACGAAUAAACCGUUUGCAAUACU